AUGUCAUUCUUCGAGUACAAAACGCAUAUAGAGAAAGGGGACCUUGUCCUUGCCUUUAUAAACAGAACUACUAUCAAACCUAUAUAUAUUAAAACGGGAGAGAUUCUACAGACCAAAUAUGGGCACUAUCUACAUGAUUCGAUGAUUGGAAUGCCAUAUGGGUCGCAAAUGUCAGGUGCAAAAGGUUAUGGUUUUAUCUACCUAUUGUUUCCAACGCCGGAAAUGUGGACAUUGUCGUUGCCACAUAGAACGCAAAUUGUAUACACUCCAGAUUCCUCAUAUAUACUACAGCGGUUGAAUGUAAAACCAGGGUCGAGAGUAAUUGAAGCUGGAACGGGCUCUGCAUCAUUCACGCAUGCGUUUGCACGAACAGUUGGGCUUUCGGGCCACGUUUUCACGUACGAGUUCCACGAGAAUAGAUAUAUAGAAGCGAAAAAGGAGUUGGAACUUCAUGGUUUGGUGAAUACCACUAUAGCAUAUCGUGAUGUUUGUAACGAUGGAUUAGAUAUUGAAAAUUUGGACAUUCAAGGCGACGUUGUGUUUUUGGACUUACCGUCGCCAUGGAGUGCUAUACCGCAUCUAAACUCCGUGAUAUCGAGCAAGAAAAGAGUAGGUAUCUGUUGUUUUUCUCCGUGCAUUGAGCAAGUGACAAAAACUAUAACAGCAUUGGAAGAGAAUGGAUGGUUAAAUAUAGAAAUGGUCGAAGUAGGGGCACUUAGAUGGGAAGCAAGAAAACGAAUGAAAAGAAGUGUAAGCAGCGCUAUCAGUCGAAUCAAAGAUAUACAAGAAAGAAAGAAACAAGGCAUUGAGAGUUUUAAAAAUGGUGAGAAACCACAAAAACUUGCCAAAGUUGAUGAUGAGGGAUUCUUGUCGGCGAAAAAAAGUGCCAGGGUGAAAGAAGGAGACGAUGGAUACGAGUGGUUGGACGUAACGAAACCAGAAUCUGAAAUCAAGAGUCACACAUCAUACCUAACAUUUGCUCACAAGUUGAAUUAA